AGAGACAGCGAUUCUCUCUCAAAUCAGCGCUCUUUCUCCCCCAAAAUUUCCUUUCCCAAAUUCUCCCUUUAAUUUUCAGUAUCACCUUUUCACCCCAAACCAGAGAUCCUUCUAAAGUUUCUAUCCAAUUUCGGAGUUUUGAAUUUUGUUGUGUGUGAAGAAAUUUGCAGUUAGGGUUCUGUAGUGGACAGCCAAUCACAUUGCAGAUGCUGCGGAGGUCUUUGGAAUCGUAGACAAAGGCGAAAAGGGGGCUUUAGGGUUUCGUAUCUCGCCGAUUCGAUUGCGGUGGUGGAGUUCAGUCUCUGGCGACAAUGGCCACUAACUUGCCGAUGAGUCCUCAGUUGGAGCAGAUCCAUGGCGAAAUCCACGACAAUUUUCGAGCUCUCGCAAAUGGCUUCCAGAAGCUUGAUAAGAUCAAAGACUCCAAUAGACAAAGUAAACAGCUGGAGGAUCUUACAGGAAAGAUGAGAGAAUGUAAAAGAUUGAUCAAAGAGUUUGAUCGCGAAAUGAAGGAUGAGGAGGGCCGAAAUACUCCUGACGUGAAUAAGCAACUCAAUGAAGAGAAGCAAUCAAUGAUCAAAGAGCUGAAUUCAUAUGUACAGUUGAGAAAAACGUAUAUGAACAGCCUUGGAAACAAGAAGGUUGAACUCUUUGAUAUGGGAGCAGGAGUUAGUGAACCAACAGCUGAUGACAAUGUUCAAAUGGCAUCAACUAUGUCAAAUCAAGAACUGAUCAAUUCCGGGAUGAAAACAAUGGAUGAGACGGACCAGGUCAUUGAACGGUCUAAAAAGACUGUUCAACAGACAAUCGAAGUGGGAACUCAAACUGCUGUUACCUUGAAGGGCCAAACUGACCAAAUGGGCCGCAUUGUCAAUGAGCUGGACACAAUUCAGUUCUCAAUCAAGAAGGCCACCCAGCUUGUGAAAGAGAUUGGCCGGCAGGUGGCAACAGAUAAAUGUAUCAUGCUUUUCCUUCUGCUUAUUGUUUGUGGUGUAAUAGCAAUUAUUAUUGUGAAGGUUGUAAACCCGAACAACAAGGACAUCAGGGACAUCCCUGGAUUGGCACCGCCAGCUGCAAGGAGGCUUUUGUCUCUGAGUACUCGGGUACAGUUCAAGUAGAUUCCUUCUGUUAUACAAGAAUUCAAUUUUUCCAAUCCGGCUACUACGAUUCGUACUCUAGAGGAUGGAGAGGAAGCUCAGAGGAAUGAGUUUGUGGGCAUUGAUCGGUCUUUUUAUUUAAUUUAUACUUUUAUUCUUGCCUGAGUUGUGCAUAUUGUUUGUGAUUCUCUAUGUAAAUCACAUGCGAGUCAUUUUUUUCUCUUUGUUUUGCAUGCCACCACGGUUCUUUCUGUAAUCUUUCCAAGAUUAUCUUAGUUAAUAGAGAGAAGAUGAUGUACUUUACUCUGUCCAGUUACAUAGCUCUUUCAAUGUGUAUGCACACUAUUGUAAUUCCAAUUUCUACCUGGUGAAUGGGGAUGUGAUGUUGCC